AUGUUACUGGAAGCGUUUAGUGCUGUGCUCUACGGUAUAGUGUUUUUGAGCCUCAUCCUGAUCGACUACGUUUUAGGUCAUGGGUUCGUUGAUAUGUUUCAAAAGCUCUUCUGUAAGAUUGCUUGCUUUGUGAAGAAGACUGUGAGAGAAGAGGCUAAGCAAGCGGUCUUGUUGCCAGAGAAUCCGAUCAGUUUGCCGGUUCUGUUUAUGGAGAUUUUGGUGCUGAGUUUGACUAUCGCUUUCCUAAACAAAUACAAGCAGUUCCGCAGCAAGGAUCGCAUUGAUGAUCUUCUUCACGAAAGCAAAGAGGCUUUGAGGCAGACCAACGAGUUUCUGGAGAAAUGGAGAUUAAGACGGGUGCCCACUGAGUAUUCAUACUUGGACGAGGAGCCUCAGGAGAUCAAACCGCUCAAACUGGAAGUGCCGAUCCUACACAUGGCUAUCAUAGACACCCUGGGCACGACACGUAGUCAGCCAGAAAGAGGGGAUGCUGGUGACACAGUGAACAUCACAGACUCAACGCUACUCUCAGUCACAUCCCUCUUGGAUGAUGACCUGGAAUCGAUUCCCGAUACACCAGUUACUGAAGAAAAAGUAGAGGAGACCAAAAAUAUCGAGUUCAGAAAUCGAACCCUGUGGGACGUUAUGGAAGAAGAUGCAAAUAAUCUUGAGGAUUGAAUGUUUGAAUGCUUGCAAAUAUGUAUGUAAUAGUUUGGUUUUCUAAAAUGCCGGUUGUUUAAUAAAGUGUGUUGUUCAGUAUAAACUU